CUUCCUUUCCUCCUUCCGUCCUCACACUCCGGGCGCAGAGGACACAGGCGGGCUUGGAGCGUGGCAGGAUGUUGGCUUCUAGGGCAUGUAGCCUUAUUGGCAAGCGGGCCAUUUCUACUUCAAUCUGCAUGAGGGCUCAUGGGCAUGGUGUUGCAAAAACGGAGGAUUUCACUUUGCCGUCUUACAUUGACAGUCGAAAUACUCCUCUGCCUCCAGUAGAAUAUGCAAGAAAUCUCUCUUCUGAGCAGAUGGCCUUGAAGGAAAAAGAGAAGGCCUCCUGGGCUGCCCUUUCGAUUGAUGAGAAGGUAGCAUUGUACCGCAUCAAGUUCCACGAGAGCUUUGCCGAAAUGAACAAGGGAUCAAACGAAUGGAAGACCGUUAUUGGUGGUGCACUCCUCUUCAUCGGCUUCACCGCCUUCAUUGUAAUUUGGCAAAGGAAGUACGUUUAUGGGCCGGUACCCCACACUUUUUCGGAAGAUUGGAUUGCUAUGCAGACCAAAAGAAUGCUGGAUAUGAGAGUGAACCCGAUCCAAGGCUUCUCUGCUAAAUGGGAUUACGACAAGAAUGAGUGGAAGAAAUAAAAUGAAAGCACUCCAGUGAAUUCCAGUCCUGCUCUGGCUUGAAAUUCUGAAACUAUUCCAUCAUCUCCAUGUGACUUUGCUGCUUCUGUGCUUGGCAGGGGGGAAAAAAGAACCCCCCCCCCCAUUGAAACAUGCAUCUUAAUAAAUGUCUGGUUUACUUGAAACAUUUCUUAUGUUUGUCCUAAAAUGCUUUCAGUGUGUAUAGGCUGUUAUAGCUAGUGAAACUUGCAAAGGUUGAAACGUUGGUCGCGAAGCUCAUAUAGGCUAAUGCAGAAUCACACUUGGGAAUGGGUCCAAGGGAGUGUAAAUCCUGUGUUUUUGCUAUUUUUUCAGUGCAAAACGUAUGCAGCAAGAUUAAAAGUUGUGGUUUAAAAAUA